CUCAUGGUGCCCAGACGUCCUGGCUAUGGCACCAUGGGCAAACCCAUUAAACUGCUGGCCAACUGCUUCCAAGUUGAAAUCCCAAAGAUUGAUGUCUACCUCUAUGAGGUGGAUAUCAAACCAGAUAAGUGUCCUCGGAGGGUGAACAGGGAGGUGGUGGACUCAAUGGUGCAGCAUUUUAAAGUGACAAUAUUUGGGGACCGCAGACCAGUUUAUGAUGGGAAGAGAAGCCUCUAUACAGCUAAUCCACUUCCUGUCGCCACUACUGGGGUGGAUUUGGAUGUGACAUUACCAGGAGAAGGUGGAAAAGAUCGUCCCUUCAAAGUGUCAAUAAAGUUUGUUUCUCGGGUGAGCUGGCACUUGCUGCAUGAAGUUUUGACAGGAAGAACCUUGCCUGAGCCUCUGGAACUAGACAAACCUAUCAGCACUAACCCUGUUCAUGCUGUCGAUGUGGUGCUACGACACCUCCCCUCCAUGAAGUACACUCCUGUGGGCCGCUCCUUUUUCUCAGCUCCAGAAGGCUAUGACCACCCCCUGGGGGGAGGCAGGGAGGUCUGGUUUGGAUUCCAUCAGUCCGUGCGGCCUGCCAUGUGGAAGAUGAUGCUCAAUAUUGAUGUUUCUGCCACUGCCUUCUACAAAGCACAACCUGUAAUUCAGUUUAUGUGUGAAGUUCUUGACAUUCAUAAUAUCGAUGAACAACCAAGACCUCUGACUGAUUCUCAUCGGGUAAAAUUCACCAAAGAGAUAAAGGGUCUGAAGGUAGAAGUGACUCACUGUGGAACGAUGAGAAGGAAAUACCGAGUCUGUAACGUAACCAGGAGGCCUGCAAGUCACCAAACCUUUCCUUUACAGCUAGAAAACGGGCAGACUGUGGAGAGAACAGUAGCACAGUAUUUCAGAGAGAAGUACAACCUCCAGCUGAAGUACCCUCAUCUUCCUUGCCUACAAGUGGGACAAGAACAGAAACACACCUACCUGCCUUUAGAAGUCUGUAAUAUUGUAGCUGGCCAGCGGUGUAUCAAAAAGCUAACAGACAAUCAAACAUCAACCAUGAUAAAGGCCACAGCGAGAUCUGCUCCAGACAGGCAGGAGGAAAUCAGCAGACUGGUGAGUUCUUUAAUUGCAAAUUACGAUGCAGAUCCGUUUGUUCAAGAGUUCCAGUUCAAGGUCAGGGAUGAGAUGGCCCAUGUGACAGGACGAGUGCUCCCAGCCCCCAUGCUGCAGUACGGAGGACGGAAUCGGACAGUGGCAACCCCGAGCCAUGGGGUGUGGGACAUGCGGGGGAAGCAGUUCCACACUGGGGUCGAGAUCAAAAUGUGGGCUAUAGCAUGCUUUGCAACACAGAGACAGUGCAGAGAAGAAAUACUGAA